AUGCAUAUGCCCACUCGGCAUGAGCCUGGACAGGAUGAGAUCCGUCAGCGAGAGGUCAUGGCGGUGGUCCAGCUGCGCUUCAUAGGCGACUAUGAGUCUGUGCGCCAGUACCUCAAUCUCACGAAUAGGGCUUUCGGCGGACUGUACAACUUCCAGGGCCCAGGUGAAGAUGAAGUGCAGGCGCUGGAGAAGUUGCGCGACCGGAUCUUGGCGAGAGGCGGCAAAGGAGGCCUCGUUCAGCAUAUGCGGCAAAAUAUGCUGCAAAACUGGGCCCAUGUGACUCAUGCGGAAGAGCAGAUGACUUCAAGGGACAUGGAGAAGGAAGUUGCCCACAACUUGAUGGCUCAAUUCUUCCUUGGGCAGCAGAGCCUGCCCAAUCUGGUGUUCUGGGUCGUUCUCCGCCUGGCAGCGAAGCCAGCUUUGCUUGUGGCACUUCGCUCUGACCCCAGCCGACUGGCGGGGGUUAUCAAGGAAGAACUUCGCCUGCACCCACCGAGCAGCCCCUUCUUGAUGCCGUACAAAUGUGGCAAGGGCGAUUCCUACAAUGGAGUCGACAUCCCCAAAGGCGCCCUGGUCAUCGUGCUUCCUGCCUUGUUGCAGUUGAACGCAUCGCAUUGGGAAAAAGCAGACAACUUCGACGAGAACAGAUGGAGGACCUGUCCGGUCACUGGGCGCAUUGACAAUUAUUGUCCAUUCGGCGUCGGCAAGGCCACGUGCCCAAUGCAAAGCUUCUCGCUCGAGGCGGUCACGGCGCUACUGCGCGUACUCAUUGACGAAUGGACCAUAGAGGUGCACGAGAUCGGGAGCUUGCCGCAAAGGCGAGUCGUCGAGCAAAUCCUGGCCGACACCGGCAGCCGACCUUGCUGGGAAGUGACAGCCACUUUCGGCCGCAGAGUUCCUGACGUGUGA